GAUGAUCCAGUCCAAGCCCAAUACGAUUUCUUUUUGUGAUUUGACAUAAUCGUCCUUCUUGCAGUUAGCGGUUUACACUUUCAAAUUUCAAUGACGACGGAGAAAGAGAGCAGUUAAAAGAUGGUGGUCAUGGCAUAACCUUGUGGAGACUUCUUCUAAAUCUGUUUUGUUAUCAUGUCUACAAGGUGUUUGUGAAAAUGCCUGAACCAGUUUCCCCCGACGAUAUUUGGCAUCCACAACUAGGAUGCGACCAAGACUAUAAUCUAAACGCUCCAUCAUGGGAAAUCGAGAAGUUCAAUGGAAAGAACAAUUUCAAGAUGUGGCAAGUUGAGGUAUGUGAUGUCCUAGCCGUUGAGGGUUUAGUUGAAGCUCUGGAUGGGAAACCCAGUUACAUGAAGCAAGCCGAGUGGAAGGUGCUUGAUCAGAAAGCUUGUUCGAUACUUCGGUUCUAUAUGUCCAAAAAAAGGUCAAGCAGAAAGUCAUGGCAGCGAAAUCCGGGAAACAGAUUUUGGAAAAGCUUGGGAAAAUUUAUUUGAAUAACUCAUUUAAUGAGCGAAUUCUCAAGAUGCAGCUUUACAAGGAUGAGAGGACUACUAGUAUGCAGGAGCAUGUAGAUGAGUUUAACAGGAGGGUCUGGGAGCUUUCAGGGUAUGAUGUGGAGUUCAGCGACGAAGACAAGGUUGCAAUUCUUCUGGCCUCGCUUCCUGAAAAGUAUAAUGAUCUAGUGAUGGGUAUGAUGUAUGGGAAGGACAGUGUAGUUUUUGAUGAUGUCGUAUCUUUGCUUCUAUUUAAGGAGAGUCUGAAUGCUGAAGCUAAAGCUCGAGUGACAAAAGAUCAGAGUUGUGGUGGUUCGAAGAGUUCCAGGUCUUCUAGCUCGAGAAAUUAUCAAGGCAAAGAGUGUUUUCAUGAUAUUGGACACAUUCUGAAUCACUGUCCCAAGCUGCAGCUGAAGAAGAGAAAUAAGAAUUUGUUCUAAAGCAUGCUCAAUUGUCAAUCAGACUGAAUGUAUGUAGCUAGCUAAUUUCGAAUUUGAUUUUCAUUAGAUUGUGACAAUUGAACGUUUGUUCUAAAAAUCAGCAGCAACCAUGACAAGCAAACAAGAGCGAGCAAUAUCUUGUAAUUGCUGAAGCAAUUCUAGGAUGAUAAAGAGAUCAUAGAGCUUACUUCCGAAAGUACAAUGGAAGAAGUACUUUUCGUUCUCCCUUGCAAGCGAGCUUAAAUGUACUAAAAGAUAUAGAA